AGAAAGCUCCUGCUAGCUUCGUUUUCAAACUUAUCCAUGGUUUCUCCUUUUUUUAUCCAUUUUGGGCUGGUGUCUGGUGAGUUGACUGCCAGCUGCCGUCUGUUGACUUUUCUUCGAUCAUGCUCGUUGCUCGGUAGUUUCUGAAGCCUUUCUGGAUUCUGGGUUCUCUUAAAACCUCUCAAGCUGUUUUCUGGGGAGGUACUGAGGAGAAGAGUUUCCUGAAUUUGCCUGGGAAGAUAAAAAGAGGGGAAAUUGGUGUUCUAGUUUUUUCUGUUCUUGGGGGGCCUAUGAAGUGUUUCUAUUUUAUUAGUGGAGAGAGGAAAGAUGAACCGAGGACUACAAAGUCCAUAUCAGUUCGGUCUUCUACUUCCACUGAUCGUGAGGCGAGGAGAUCUGGGUCCGAGUUCAAUUCAGAGAACAUCUCAGAAAUGAGCAGUGAAUCAAUGGGGAGGCCCACGUUCCCAAGUUUGUCUCAGAGGUCAAACAAUCUCAAGGUGUUUACAUUCUCAGAGCUAAAGACAGCCACAAAGAAUUUCAGCCUCUCCCUUAUGGUUGGGGAGGGUGGGUUUGGAUGUGUCUAUAGGGGUGUGAUCAAGAACUCUGAAGAGCCAAAUGUCAGACUUGACGUUGCUGUCAAACAGCUGAGCAGGAGAGGAUUGCAGGGGCACAAGCAAUGGGUGACGGAAGUAAAUGUCCUUGGAGUGGUUGAACAUCCAAACCUUGUCAAGCUAAUAGGCUAUUGUGCUGAGGAUGAUGAAAGGGGGAUCCAGAGGCUUCUAGUCUAUGAAUAUAUGCCAAAUAGAAGUGUUGAAGACCAUUUAUCAUCUCACUCAACAGCACCUCUUCCAUGGGCCGUGAGACUGAGAAUAGCACAGGAUGCUGCUCGUGGCUUGGCAUAUCUCCAUGAAGAAAUGGAUUUUCAGAUCAUCUUCAGGGAUUUUAAAUCCUCAAAUAUUCUCUUGGAUGAACAAUGGAAUGCAAAGCUUUCAGACUUUGGUUUGGCCAGGCAGGGUCCUUCAGAAGGAUUAACUCACAUCUCAACAGCGGUAGUGGGAACCAUUGGAUAUGCGGCUCCUGAAUACAUCCAAACUGGCCGCCUGACAGCCAAGAGUGAUGUCUGGAGCUAUGGGGUCUUCCUGUAUGAGCUCAUAACAGGUAGGAAACCACUUGACAGAAACCGUCCCAAGAGUGAACAGAAACUCUUGGAAUGGGUGAGGCCACACCUGUCAGACAUGAAGAAAUUUAAACUGAUUUUGGACCCAAGACUUGAAGGAAAUUAUUCUCUGAAGUCUGCCCAGAGGCUUGCAGCUGUAGCUAAUCGGUGCUUGGUGCGGCAGCCAAAGGCACGUCCCAAGAUGAGUGAGGUGUUGGAGAUUGUGAAAAAACUUGUGGAGUCAACAGAGAUGGGUCCAGAAUCGUCCAUGAAGAUGUUGGCUCCUGGAGAUACUUCUGAAGAACAGAAAAUGGAAGGGUCCAACUUGAAGAGAAGGGUUGUGGACUCAAGAGUAGGAGAACGUGGAUGGUCAGCUUGGCAGAUGUGGACACCUAAGCUCAUAAGAACAUGCUGAAAGAAGAGGGGUGUGCUAGUUUUUCUUGGUAUGUAGGUGAAGAGGCUAAUGUGAGUGUAAGAAGGCUUAUUUGGUUCUCUGCCACAAAUGUUGGCAAUGGAUGUUACUCACACUGCAACAAUCUACAUAUUGUGCAAGGAAGCAUGCAGAGAAUGGCUAAUGUUAGUUCAAGUAACAGAUGUAAAACAAACAGGUGCCUCAAUUGGGCACAUGCCACUGGUUUUUGGGUCUUCCUGUAUGGCUACUGCUCACAGUAUUUUAUUUAUGUACAUAUGGCUGAUGAGGAUGUCAUUUGAACUAUAGGAAAGUAACCAGUUGUAAUUAACUAGUAAGCUUGAUAACAUACUUCCAAAUACCUUUUGCAUGAUCUACAGGAAGUCUCCAUGAGCAUUUUAGACCUGGAUGGCAGGCGUCUAGUAGGAAAUGUAGUCACAGAAGGUUUCUUUUGACUGUCUAAAAUGAAGUAUUAAUUGCAUGAC